AGAAAACUGAAGGAAGCAACUUCCACAUCAGGCAACCAGGAAAGCAAGCUUUCAAUAUUUCUUUUGCAGUUCCUUCCAAGUCAAAAUCUCCACCGCUCACUUUUCUUGUCUAUGUUCCUCCAAUCAGAUGUGGCUUGUUCUUUCCAAUCCCCAAAGACCUAUCAUUAAUUGUUUAUUAGCCUAUCCUAUCCUAUCAUUAAUUGUCUCUCACCUCACUUGGCACCACAGUCAUCAGUGAUACAAAAUUAACUAUCAGAAUGCUGUAUAGUAUGGAAAUUCUGCAACCAAUAUCUUCACAGUAACGCUAUGCCAAUCCAUUUCUCAUGGAUUAGCUCUAUUAGGCAAAGGACACCCCACUUGAUAAAGCCCUGCCUCCUCUUCUUAAAACCCUCAACCCAUCCUUCCCCACGCCACAAUUUUUCCAUCCAUACUGAAGUGGUGUUCAAGAAAGCUUCAUAAAUGAGUAGAGGCACACAGCAUAGAGAUAUAUAGAUUAAGAGAAAUAGGAUGGGAGGAAGAGAGAAGAGAGAAAGAGGGACGGAGAGGGAGGAGUUUUACAAGGCUUUGUUACCGGGUUUGCCGGAUGACAUAGCUUUGGACUGCCUCGCCCGAGUCCCGCUCCGAUUCCACCCGGGUCUCCGACUCGUCUGUUGCCGCUGGCGCGAUCUGGUCACCGCCCCCUCCUUCCACCAACGCAGGGAAAGAAUCGGGACCGCGGAGGACCUGAUCUUCCUCGUUCAGGCCGUCGUCCCCGUCGAGAAGUGUGGCGAUUCUGAGGAGGAGAAAGAAGGUGGCGCCGUUUGCCAGCCGCCGGUGUAUGGGCUAAGCGCCUACAAUGCGACGCUGGGGUCGUGGCACCGGGUGGCGAUGCCUGCGCCGGUGCCGCUCUUCGCCCAGGUCGCGGCGGUGGGGAGGGAGGUCGUCUUGCUGGGGGGCUGGGACCCGGCGAGCAUGGAGCCGACGACGGAGGUGCGGGUGCUGGACCCGGCGACGGGGGGAUGGCGGCGAGGGGCAGCGAUGGUUGCGGCGAGGAGCUUCUUCGCGUGCGCGGCGCUGGCGGGUCGGGUGUACGUGGCGGGGGGCAAUGACGGGCAGAAGAACGCGCUGCGAUCGGGGGAGUCGUACGAUCCCGCGGCGGACGCGUGGGCGGCGCUGCCGGAGAUGGGGGAGGAGCGGGACGAGUGCCAGGGGGUGGCGGCGGGGGGGCGGUUCUGGGCGGUGAGCGGGUACGGGACGGAGGGGCAGGGUCGGUUCGUGGGGGCGGCGGAGUGGUACGACGCGGCGGCGGGAGAGUGGAGGAGGGAGGGAGGUCUGUGGGAGGCGGGCGCCGCCGCCUGCGUGGGGGUGGCGGGGGGGAGGAUGUGGAGCGUCGGGUGCGGCGGGGGAACCGGUGGGGUGAGGGAGUACGAGGGGAGCGGGAGGGGAUGGAAGGAGGUGGCGCCGCUACCCGUGGGAAUGAGGCCGGGGCCAAGCCCGUGCGCGGCGGCGGCGGUAGCGGUUGGAGGCGCCGGCGAGAAGGUGCUCGUGAUGGCGGUGGAGAAGGACGGAGAUGGAGGGGAUGAUCGCGGGGGCCAUGGCGCGUGGGUCCUGGAGGUGGGGUCACGGCGGUGGACGCGCGUGGAGACGCCGAUCGGGUUCACUGGGUUCGUUUUCUCGGCCACUGCGGUCCGGCUCUAAAUUAAAUCCUUGGACCGUUCCGGUUCAGAUCCCCCAACCCGGUAAACUCGAGAUGGUACCACUGACUCUGUUUCUUGUCUGCUCGCCUCUGCACUCUGUUGAUAUAUACUUCUGUCAAACCUGCAUAGACCUACUGCUUCAGUGGUUCUUGAAAUAGGUCUCAUGAGUUGUGUGAGAGUUUUCUUGUAUGAUUACCUUCCUUCUUCUUCUUCCUUGUGCUUGGGGAAUGGCUCUACUUGUUGUUUCCAGGCAGGAGACCAGUGUAUAUAUAAUGCUAUAUACCCUCUGAAAUCUGCUUGCUCUGCUCA